UGCCUGCCACCGAGACGCAGACAUGCACACACCACCCGCACUCCCUCGCUGUUUCCAAGGCGGCGGCGGCCGUGCUCGCACCCCAGGGUCUCACCACCACCGGCAAGGGAAGGAUAAUCUGGAGAGGGAUCCCUCAGGAGGGUGUGCUCCGGAUUUCUUGCCUCAGGCCCAAGACUCCAACCAUUUUAUAAUGGAAUCUUUAUUUUGUGAAAGUAGCGGGGACUCGUCUCUGGAGAAGGAGUUCCUCGGGGCCCCAGUGGGGCCCUCUGUGAGCACCCCCAACAGCCAGCACUCUUCUCCCAGUCGCUCGCUCAGUGCCAACUCCAUCAAGGUGGAGAUGUACAGCGAUGAGGAGUCGAGCCGACUGCUGGGGCCAGAUGAGAGGCUCCUGGAGAAGGACGACAGUGUGAUUGUGGAAGACUCCUUGUCGGAGCCCCUGGGCUACUGCGACGGGAGUGGCCCAGAGCCUCACUCCCCUGGUGGCAUCCGGCUGCCCAAUGGCAAGCUCAAGUGUGACGUCUGUGGCAUGGUGUGCAUCGGCCCCAACGUGCUCAUGGUGCACAAGCGCAGCCACACUGGCGAGAGACCCUUCCACUGCAACCAGUGUGGUGCCUCCUUCACCCAGAAGGGGAACCUGCUGCGCCACAUCAAGCUGCACUCCGGGGAGAAGCCCUUCAAAUGCCCCUUCUGCAACUACGCCUGCCGCAGGCGGGAUGCCCUCACCGGUCACCUCCGCACCCACUCGGUCUCCUCCCCUACAGUAGGCAAGCCCUACAAGUGUAACUACUGUGGCAGGAGCUACAAACAGCAGAGUACCCUGGAGGAGCACAAGGAGCGGUGCCACAACUACCUGCAGAGUCUCAGCACUGAAGCCCAAGCGCUGGCUGGCCAGCCAGGUGAUGAGCUGCGCGACCUGGAGAUGGUGCCAGACUCCAUGCUGCACUCUUCCUCUGAGCGGCCAACGUUCAUUGAUCGUCUGGCCAACAGCCUCACCAAACGCAAGCGAUCCACCCCCCAGAAGUUUGUCGGUGAAAAGCAGAUGCGCUUCAGCCUCUCAGACCUCCCCUAUGACGUGACCUCGGGGGGCUAUGAGAAGGAUGUGGAGCUAGUGACACACCAUGGCCUGGAGCCUAGCUUCGGAGGGUCUCUGGCCUUUGUGGGGGCGGAGCAUCUGCGCCCCCUUCGCCUCCCCCCUACCAGUUGCAUCUCAGAACUCACGCCCGUCAUCAGCUCUGUCUACACCCAGAUGCAGCCCCUCCCCGGCCGACUGGACCUCCCGGGGUCCCGAGAAGCCGCAGAGGGCCCGGAGGACCUGGCUGAUGGCGGGCCCCUGCUCUACCAUGCUCGGGCGCCCCUGACUGACCCUGGGGCAUCGCCCAGCAAUGGCUGCCAGGACUCCACAGAUACAGAGAGCAACCAUGAAGAUCGGGUUGGGGGGGUGGUUUCCCUCCCUCAGGGCCCCCCGCCCCAGCCACCUCCCACCAUUGUGGUGGGCCGGCCCAGUCCUGCCUACGCCAAAGAGGACCCCAAGCCACAGGAGGGGCUGCCACGGGGCACUCCCGGCCCCUCCAAGGAAGUCCUUCGGGUGGUGGGUGAGAGUGGCGAGCCUGUGAAAGCCUUCAAGUGUGAGCACUGCCGAAUCCUCUUCCUGGACCACGUCAUGUUCACCAUCCACAUGGGCUGCCACGGCUUCAGAGACCCUUUCGAGUGCAACAUCUGUGGCUACCACAGCCAGGACCGGUAUGAGUUCUCUUCCCAUAUCGUCCGGGGGGAACAUAAGGUGGGCUAGUGACCUCUGCUCCCCCCCACCCCCAGGCCAUCACUUGACUGCCCUCUACAGGUGUCUAGCUUCAUCCUCACCACAGGCCCCCCUCUUCCCCCAGGAGUUUUGCUUUCAACACCCCCGCUGGCUACCUGACCUCACCCCCGGCCAGCUCCCUCCUCAUGUCGUCCUCUCUACGUAGGCUCUCGUGAUGAGACAAGUCUUUUGCUUAUGUUUCCUUGUUUUUCUCUUCUCCUUUCCUAGCAUACUCGGCGGAGUUAUUUAUUAAGAUCAUUAGUUGGUUCUUAUUGUUGCCUUUCUUUAAAUGCGUGCUGGUCCCUUGCCACGCUCCCAGCCUUCCCACAGCGCCCUUCCACUUGGGCCUACAUUUUCUCUUUGAGCCAGUUUCCUUCAGCAGCCCCUCUCAACAGUAGGAGACCUUGAGCUGCUUCUUGCUGUCAGUCCUCACCCUUUACACCCUCUGCUUCUUCCCUGUGGCGCGGACACCUCCCCCGGCCCUGCCUCAGCUCUGUGGCAUGAGCUUCUCCUCUCUGGGACCCUCCCGCCUGGUACUCUGUACCUCUUAUGCCCUCUCACCUUGGCAGCUUGCACUAUUCUUGAAUGAAUAAAAAAAUCUCAUUUGGAAAUAGGAGGGACUUAAGAAAUCCCACCCCCUUGGGCACCAUGGACUGAGGGUCCUCUGAUAAUCCCCUAAGAAUAUGAAUUCCCAAAGCCCACAUUCAGGCUCUCCCUCUGGGAUGUGGAUGUGGUGUCUCUUCCCUCGGUCCUGCUCUAGCCUCCUCGGCCUGCCCCACCUUCUCAGUGGUGGCCGUUCUUUCCGUGGAAUGCCCCCAUUUUAUAUCCUCAGGGGCCCGAGGCUAGUCUGCAACCUCUCUCUCUCUGACACACUGGGAGCCACAGGUGCCUAACUGGGAGCCAGGGCAUGGGAAGGGGGUGGGGCAAGACUUUUCUCGUCCUCCUCCACCUUGCAAACCUCUUCACUCCAGUGACCUUUUUAGUCUCUCGGGGUGCCUUUAGCCCCCACCCUAAGCUAGCAGGUUGCUGCCUGAUUACAAGGGGGCACCUCAACCCCUUAGUCAGGCUGCCUUCUUCCUUCCUCCCCCACCCAUUCCAGCAGGACGCACCCUCUCACUCCUGGACUCCCAGGCCUGGUUCUUUGAGUCAAUGGCUGGGAGAAAAGGGUCUAUCUUUUCUCUCCUCUAAUUAUCAGUGUAACCAAAAAGUAUCCCCAGAUGCGCAAGGGCACAUGCCCCGACCCCAUUCCACCCUUGUCCCAGCAUGACUGGGCUAGGCCCGAGGGGGCCAGGGUCAUCCUUUACUGCUUCCUUCUUUGCUCCACUCCCAGGUAGAGGGCAGGAGGGGCACUCUCCCCCUGGCAACUGCAGAGAUCUCUGGCUAUCUGGGUACCCCAGGGUUAGUGAGAAGGGGGCAGGAGGAGGCAUAAUUCCCCUACAAGUGGAGGUCUCUCUCCACAAGAGUUCCCUGCCCAAGGCCACUGCCAUCCCACUCUCUGCUUCCCUGAGAUUCAAACCAAAGGCUGUUUUUCUAUGUUUAAAGGAGAAAAAAAAUAAAGAAAAGAAAGAAAAAAAAAGUAGAAACCAAACAUAACACCUCACAAGUUGUUAGCACUUGGUCCUUUCUUCUUUCUCCCUUCCUCUUCCCAUCUUCCUCUCCACACACCCUUCCCUCGUUGGCUCUUUGCCUCCUGCUUCCCUCACUCCCUAUCAGGGAUAUUUUGGGGGGAUGGUAAAGGGUUGGCUCAAAACAGACCCUUGGAUUGGGGCUCUUAAGGGCUCUGGGAGGAAUCUGCCUUACCCUCUUAUGGGAAAGGAGACCCUGAGCUUCUCUUCCUCCUCCUCCUUUCCUCCCCAUUGAUGUGAUCUCCCCAAGGAGAACCAGAUUGGCAGGGAGGGGCACUGUGGGUGAUUGUUCUCCCUUGACAACAUAGCAAUAAACACAUGCUGCCAAGGGCAAAAGGAUGGGGGAGGUAGUCAAAAGAGGGUGGUCUCUGGAGGAGCAAAAAGUCUUCUCCAUAGCACCCCAGGGUGCGGGCUCUUUGUUUUAGGGUGGCAGUCGAGCUGAGGUGACUGACUGGGGUUCUCCUGCACUGUUCUAGCUAUUGACCCUCUUCCUACUAGGUCUGUCCCCUACCACCUCUGCUGUGUCUGCUAUGUACUAGGUGGCACCUCAUAAGGAGGAGUCCUUCCCGGUUAUCAGAGCUGCAGAGGGUCCUGAUCCCCCCAACCUCCUGUCAGUUCUGGCACCUGGAAUGGCCUGGAACUUGAAGGGCUGUGCCUGGAGGCUAUCCCUGGGCCCACAAGAACAGAGACAGGAAGGGCAAGACCAGGUGCUAAGGAGGAGUGAGGGGGCACUCUGUCUCUCUCCAGACCAUCACUGCACUUUAACCAGGGUCUUAGGUACAAAAUCCUACUUUCCAGAGCCUUCUCACUCUGGAACUUCCAACAUCCUCACCUUCUCUCCCAGCUCUUUUUCAUAAAAAAGGAAAAAAACAUAAACAACAAACAAACACUGAAACCCACCCAGAGA